CCUCCUACCAAGAAUACACGAAAUAAGAGGGACGCGCCCACUAAUACUUACGAUCCAUCGGGCGUCAUUCCGGGGAUUCGCCGGCAAACUCCGGAAGAUCUUUUACCAUUCGAGACUUAAGCGUAGAAGAAGCAAGCAUGGAAUCUGUUUACCUCUCUGCCUUUUAUGUGUGCUGGCUUUGUUUAUUCGUAUUCCGGAAGACUGAUCCAGGUUUUAUUCGUCCGGGAGUUUUUAAGAUCGCUCACAAAAUGGCGCGAGGUCAACAAUACUGUCUGCCAGUUCCCGUAUUGGCGAAUAUAUAUCAGGGUUUAAAUGCCAUAUCCGUCUCAAGUGAUCCAGGAAGUUGUCCAACUGUGCUCCCUUUUCAUUACCUGUAUGAGUGGUUGGGCGAGUAUUUCAGCACUCAUUUCUUCUCUCGACAUCCAGAAAACUUCAGGCCUUUAAUGGUUCAUAUUUCAGGGGAAUUGUCGGCAAGAAAUUUUAAUGAUGAACGGGCCCGUGCCUUGUUUACCGCUUGUGAUAAUGUUCGAAUGAGACGAUUUGCCAGAGUUUCAAGUGCGCGCAAACUGAUCGUUGACACUCACGGAGCCCUUCCUUCAGAUUCCGCCUAUCUCAUUAGCCUUUGCUCUGGAUUUGUGUCCCUACGGCAAGAUAGUUGGCGAGUAGUCGAACCCUAUAACCCUCAGCGAUUCAGUCGACAAUUCGGAUAUGUUCAGGGUGUUCCCGGAGAUUUCCAAAGAGAUAGUCGAUCCAUACCUUUGACUCGGACAUACUCGUUUUGGGAUAGCUUGACGAAGCUUGGCACAAAAGGUGAGGUAAUUUUGCCUAUGAAAAGUGACAUCACCAAGUUUAUGGUUACUCAGGACUACAUCGAAUGGUGGUUCAAAGUUCAUCACUCUGCGUUGAAGAGGCCUAUGAAAAUAACCAUUGUAAAUUUGCCACAACAAGAGCCUCCAAAGGCUAAAGGAGACGAUCGUGCGACAACUCCUCUCCAGAUUUUGGUUUCCGCCGAAGCUUUGCCCCCGGUUGAUAACUAUCAGAUUCCACCUCCUCCAGUUUUGGAAGGAAUCAGAGAUUCAGCAGAUUUCUGUCCCAAGUCGAAGGAGAAGGUUGCUACAUCCAGAAGGCAUAGUAGAAGCAGCAGUAGUACCCAUAGUGACGUGCACUUCAAACGUCGAAAAAGGGGUGACGAUGAUCUCAGACCUAUUUACUUCAAUCCUAAUGCCGACUUUGAUCUUGGCGGAAACUUUCUUGGGGAUGUUCCUGGUCCUUCAAAACUCGUGCAUGCGCAUGUUGAGCUUGAAGAUAUCGGUUAUUUUGAUGAAGUCUGCUCAGGUGACGGCGUUCAAUUUCCUUUUGAGGAGUGUGCAGCUAACAUUUUCCCAGAAAAGGACAUACGUCGAAAUGAGAGUGAACCACAGCCAGUUGACCAGAGAGGUUUGUCCAUAGCGACGGGAAGUACAAAGCCUUCAGAAAAAGCAAUAUUUCCUGAAGUUUCUGUGUGCGAUAUUGAGGUAGUGGACACAAGUCAAUGGCUCUGCAAUAUCCGCAUGCGAGCAGCUGUAGAAUUUUGUGCAAAGAUAGAAGGCGUGAUAGCGACGUAUUCUCUGAAAAUGAUUAUUGCGGGGAGGAAUGAGCUUGAUAUGUUGACCAAUGAACUUGGAAAAUAUGGAGUCGACCCAUCAGCAAUAAAAAACAAAUUGGAGCAGUUGAUGACAAGCGCUACCCUAUAUGACUCGGUAAGGCUUUGCAUGUGCUCACAAAUGUGCCAUGGGCACAAGCGCCCAAAAAUUGGUGGAGACAGAGUCUGA